GGGCGAUGGAGCCGCCGCGGAGCCUCCCGGGGCUGGAGCGGGAGCGCGGCGCGCUGGACGCGGCCGGAGGGUGCCCGUCCCCGCUGGACACCAAGGCCGUGCCCGGCAGGAAGGUCUGGGUCAAGCUGCGGGCGCUUUUGCGGUACUUGGUGAAGCAGCUGGAGUCGGGCGAGGUGAACGUGGAGGAGCUGAGGCGCAACCUGGAGUACGCGGCCUCGCUGCUCGAGGCCGUCUGCAUCGACGAGACCAGGCAGGUGCUGGACACGGAGGACGAGCUGCGGGAGAUGGGCUCGGACGCGGCCGUGCCCUCCGAGGUGCGGGACUGGCUGGCGGCCACCUUCACGCAGCAGGCGCGGGCCAAGGGGCGCCGCGCCGAGGAGAAACCCAAGUUCCGCAGCAUCGUGCACGCCGUGCAGGCCGGGAUCUUCGUGGAGAGGAUGUUCCGCCGGACGUACACGGCUGUGGGGCCGAGCUACUCCUCCUCCGUGCUCAACUGCCUGAAGGGCCUGGACCAGUGGUGCUUUGAUGUGUUCUCGCUGCACCGCGCAGCCGAGGAGCACUCGCUGCGCACGGUGGUGUUCGAGCUCUUCACCCGCCACAACCUCAACAGCCGCUUCAAGAUUCCCGGCGCGUUCCUGACGGCGCUGCUGGAGGCGCUGGAGGGCGGCUACGGAAAGUUCCGGAACCCCUACCACAACCAGGUGCACGCGGCCGACGUCACCCAGACCGUGCACUGCGUCCUGCUGCGCACCGGCAUGCUGCACUGUCUCUCUGAGAUCGAGCUCCUGGCCAUCGUCUUCGCUGCCGCCAUCCACGACUUCGAACACACGGGGACAACCAACAGCUUCCACAUCCAGACCAAGUCGGACACCGCCAUCCUGUACAACGACCGCUCGGUGCUGGAGAACCACCACAUCAGCGCCGUGUUCCGCCUGAUGCAGGACGAGGAGCUCAACAUCUUCGUCAACCUCACCAAGGACGAGUUCGCGGAGCUGCGGGCGCUGGUCAUCGAGAUGGUCCUGGCCACCGACAUGUCCUGCCACUUCCAGCAGGUCAAGUCCAUGAAGACGGCGCUGCAGCAGCUGGAGAGGCUGGACAAGUCCAAGGUGCUGUCGCUGCUGCUGCACGCAGCCGACAUCAGCCACCCCACCAAGCAGUGGGCGGUGCACAGCCGCUGGACCAAGGCCCUCAUGGAGGAGUUCUUCCGGCAGGGGGACAAGGAGGCCGAGCUGGGGCUGCCCUUCUCGCCCCUCUGCGACCGCACCUCCACGCUGGUGGCCCAGUCGCAGAUCGGGUUCAUCGACUUCAUCGUGGAGCCGACCUUCUCGGUGCUCACCGAUGUGGCUGAGAAGUUGGUGACGCCACUGGCCGAGGACGGCUCCAAGGCCAAGGGCAACCCCGCGGCCACCCAGCAGCCCAGCUCGCAGUGGCGGCAGCCAUCCCUGGAUGAGCACCUGGAUCUGGGGGACAUCAAAGCUGACCUGGCCGGGUUCCGCUCCACCUGGACCAAGCACAUCCAGGAGAACAAGCAGAAGUGGAAGGAGAGGGCGGCCAGCGGCAUCACCAACCAGGCGUCCAUCGAUGAGCUGUCCCCGUCCCCGUGCGAGGAGCCCGCGGCCACCAGGCCCCACAGCGAGAACGGGGAUGUGGAAUAGCGGCGGGAGGAGUGAGGUCCUUGUCCGGUCGAGUGACACCGUCUCGUCUUCGAUGCCAUCGAGUUCAGCACCAUCCGCAGGGCAGGAGCCCCCGGGGCCGGGCU